AUGUCUUGGACACAAGAACUGGACUUUACAAAGAGGGAUAGAGCUGCUAGAGUCAUUCAGAAGGCCUGGAAAAGGUUCCUUAAUGUUACUGUAUUCCAACACUUUAAAAGUCUGAUUAAUAUAAGAAGACAAGGGGAACCACGCCAGAUAGUAAGAUAUAUUAAUCCUAAAGAGGCAGAGCUUCUAGAUGCUGCUGCUGGCAUUCAUGUACGGUUCAGAUUAGGUGGUGUUAAUUUUCCGCCUGAAAUAUACUAUAAAAUUUUUACUGAGAGACAUAUUGAAGAUCUGUGUGCUAACAGCCCUAGAGAUUACACAAAACUUUCAGCAAAAUAUGCAUCUCAUAUUAAAAGUGAUAAUCUUCAGGAAGAGGAUCAUAGUGGCUGGUAUCGUCGUAUAGAGAACAAUGGCUGGAGACCUGUUUCUGAUAGAUUUUGGAUGUCCACUGAAGAUGUAAUGGUAGGAGACAAAAAGGAAUGCAAAUUUCAUUUCUCUAAACUGAAGAGAAGACAAGAUAUGGAAAAGAAAAGAAAAAUUAGAAAAAUAGAAUGGAUGAGGCAAAUGUACUAUGCAGGAAACCUGGAGGCUAAGUCAACGAAUAGUCAAACUCUAGGUUUAAUUCACACAGCAACGAAAGGGCUAAUAAGAUCUAUUGAAGAUGGUGGGAUAGAUUCUGUGAUGGAAUGGGAAGUAGACGAAGUGCUGAACUGGACAAAUACACUGAACUUUGAUGAGUAUAUUGCCAACUGGAAGGAAAUUGCUACAAGCAACUCUUCAGCUAACUUCAAAAGUUUCAGGUUUGAACAAGAACAGAAAAAUAUAUGUAACUAUGCAACAACAGAGGACAUGGAAGUAUCAGAAAAUACUUCAUAUGAAAAUAUCUAUGAAGAACCAAAUGUUACUAGACUCACACCUGAUUCCACGUAUGGAAUAUGA